CACAAUACCUGGUUCAGGGACUGAAUCCAUUAAUGUAUUUAAUCGUGUAAGCAGUGAAGCAAAGGAUCAUGAGAUAGGACAGCAGGUGCUCGGGACCGGUAAUAAUGUAUCCAUUGAUAAUAUCGAUAAUCGUCGUUUAACUGAAAAACAUCGCCGGGAUACAAAUAAUGAAGGAGUUACGUCUCCGCUAAAAAAGAUAAAAACCGCUGAUAGAGCAGAAAACAUGGACGGUUGCAAGGAAAAUCGAAUGCAGUCAACUUCAGAAAACUCUAUGAUUUCAUUGGAGACAGAUGAUGAAAUAGAUUAUAGUAAUCAUGAUAUAGAUCCAAACAUUGAGUCCGACUUAUUGGAGAAACAGAUACCUGUACAGAAUCACUCAAAGUACCCUGAUCAAGACAGUCAAGAUAAUAUUUGGUUAUUGCCUUCUAGAAAACCGAUUGAUGAAGUAAUUCGUGGACCUGGAAAUCUGCAUAAAUCACACCCAUCAUGUCUUGGUAUCAUACGUAUUGGUUCAAAGAUUCGUAAACCAGAGUGGAUUGAACAAAAAGAUUGGAAUUACUUACAAACUAGCAUUGAAUAUCCGAAUUAUAAACUGACUUCUAAUGUAGAAAACCUCGUUAAAGAAUUAUUAGAGACUAACUCGUUAAUGGAGUAUAAGCAAUGUGUUUGUAAAGCCAAGUUUAAAAAUGAGAUCGAUAAGGAAAUGGAAUUUGUAACGGAUGUCUUUUUAUGGUUCACGAAAAAUGUAUUUAACCCUGCGUCGGCUUUCCGUAGCAAAAAUAAAAAUGAAGCACUCCUGGGUUCACUAAUGAUUCAUCCAAUGUUGCAGUACCUUAUUAACGCAACUGACCGCGUUAUAUAUGUGCCAGGCGAAAUUUAUCUAAAGGCUAGUGCAAAUCAGAGAUUAUUACGACGUAAUCUAAAACCUGACGAUGACAAGCCUCUAGGUAUGAAAAUAGACGGUUCAUUUCAUUCCCCCGGUGAAGAGGGCCUUGAAAUAGGCAUGGUGGAGCUGUCUGGUGGUUACUUAACCUCGGAUUUGCCAAGAUACUUAAAAGACCAUGUGAAAGGAUAUUGGGGCUGUCGCGAUCUUCUAAAUGACAUAGUUAGAAAAUAUAAUCGCGGUGACUACAAAAUUUUUAGACGUUUACGCUCGUGGUUUUUUCAUAUACAUGGACUUGAGGUGCAAAUUUGGGUAUGGAUUUACCCGUUUCAAAAUCCUACUGAACGUUUCUCAUUGGUGCUUUUCGGCUCCCAAUUAGUUGGGAAGAUCAUCAUGAAUUGGCGAAUGCACUUAGGAUUUUGCGAAAUCUUGGAGGGAUUAGAUGAUACCCUCAAGAUACUUGAGGAACUAAAAAAAUCACAUCGCCGGAAUUCAGUUUUUCAUUCUCAGUCUUCAAAAUUGAUGAGUCAUAUAGGUGAUGCGAAGAGUUCACCACAAAAACCCAUAGGAAAAAACUCACGUUUCAUAAAUCUACUCAUGUAUCAUGAUUACAAUGAUUCUGAUUAUGAGGAUCCGCCUUCACCCUCACCGUCAGGAUGCUUUUAUUAA